AUGGGCGAGAAAGGAGCUCAGCUGGGCCGGGAAACUAUUUCUUGUUCGAUCUGUCUGGAUCUACUGAAGGAUCCGGUGACUAUUCCCUGUGGACACAGCUACUGCAUGAAGUGUAUUCAAAACUUCUGGGAUGGAGAGGAUGAGAAGAGAAUCCACAGCUGCCCUCAGUGUAGGCAGACCUUCACACCGAGGCCUGUCCUGGUGAAAAACACCAUGUUAGCAGCUUUAGUGGAGGAACUGAAGAAGACUGGACUCCAAGCUGCUCCUGAUGAUCACUGCUAUGCUGGACCUGAAGAUGUGGCCUGUGAUGUCUGCACUGGGAGAAAACUGAAAGCUCUAAAGUCCUGUCUGGUCUGUCUGGUCUCUUACUGUGAGAAACACCUUCAGCCUCAUUAUGAUGUGGGUCCAUUAAAGAAACACAAGCUGGUGGAGCCCUCCAAGAAGCUCCAGGAGAACAUCUGCUCUCGUCAUGAUGAGGUGAUGAAGAUGUUCUGCCGUACUGAUCAGCAGUGUAUCUGUUAUCUCUGCUCUGUGGAUGAACAUAAAGGCCACGACACAGUCUCAGCUGCAGCAGAAAGGACUGAGAGGCAGAGAGAGCUCGAGGUGAGUCGACUAAACAUCCAGCAGAGAAUCCAGGACAGAGAGAAAGAUGUGAAGGAGCUCCAACAGGAGGUGGAGGCUAUCAAUGGCUCUGCUGAUAAAGCAGUGGAGGACAGUGAGAAGAUCUUCACUGAGCUGAUCCGUCUCAUGGAGAAAAGAAGGUCUGAUGUGAAGCAGCAGGUCAGAUCCCAGCAGGAAACUGAAGUGAGUCGAGUCAAAGACCUUCAGGAGAAGCUGGAGCAGGAGAUCACUGAGCUGAAGAGGAAAGACGCUGAGCUGAAGAAGCUCUCACACACAGAGGACCACAACCAGUUUCUCCAAAACUACUACUCACUGUCACGACUCAGCCAAUCUACAGACUCAUCCAGCAUCAAUAUCCGUCCUCUGACGUACUUUGAGGAUGUGACAGCUGCUGUGUCAGAGCUCAGAGAGAAACUACAGGACCUUCUGAGAGAGGAACUGACAAACAUCUCACUGACAGUGACUGAAGUCCAUGUUUUACUGUCAAAUUCACAACCAGAGCCCAAGACCAGAGCUGGAUUCUUAAGAUAUUCACGUGAACUCACACUGGAUCCAAACACAGCACACACACAGCUGGUAUUAUCUGAGAGGAACCGAAAAGUGACAGUAAUAAGUCAACAUCAGUCUUAUUCUCGUCACCCAGGCAGAUUCACUUCAUAUUCUCAGGUCCUGAGCACAGAGAGUCUGACUAGACGUUGUUACUGGGAGGUGGAGUGGACAGGAGCAGGAGUUUAUGUAGCAGUCACAUACAAGAAUAUCAGAAGAGCAGGGGGCUCAGAAUGUGGAUUUGGGCUCAAUGACAAAUCUUGGGCGUUAAGAUGUGACAAAAACAGUUACACAUUUUGGCACAACAAUGUCCAAACUCCUGUCUCAGGUCCUCAGUCCUCCAGAGUUGGAGUGUACCUGGAUCACAGUGCAGGUAUUCUGUCCUUCUACAGCGUCUCUGAAACCAUGACUCUCCUCCACAGAGUCCAGACCACGUUCACUCAGCCUCUCUAUGCUGGACUUCGGUUUUAUGGGAUUUUGGGUAUUUUGUCUUCUGGAGACACUGCAGAGUUUUGUAAAGUGAAAUAGACAGAAGUCAUUUAAGGGUUAAAUUCUAUGUUUUAACUCUUCAACUCAUUCUGUCUUCAUGAUUGUUGAGAUCAGCUGUCAAUCAAACAUUAUGGGCGGCACUUUGACAUCUCGUCAUUCUGUAAAUGUUCCUUUAGGUGGCGCUGUUUGUGAAUAUUUGUAUUGAUGUGUUUGUAUGUUGUUGUCUCUCUUCCACUACAUGAGUGUGAAGACAGAAAGCAGCGGACCUUCCUUCAAUCGUACAUAUUUUGACCUCACUUGUACAUUUGGACACAAAUCUAUGACCGUUUAUUAAUUAUUAGUGUAUCUGAUGAAUGUGCGAUAUAAUAUGGGAUCAUAUUUGUCUGAUUACAGCCAGAGUUGUGUAAUCAAGCUGUCAGCUCAUGUUUAUUGUAGCUUUAAAUGUGCUGUGUAAUGACAGCAUCAUUUGUUCUGAAGGACAGUCAGCAUCAGAUUUGAUUUCUAGUCAGACUAUGUUCUUGUAAGAUGCUGUCUAAUCCUGUAUUAGGAUCUGCUGUUUGCUAAUCAGACAUCAGACUGUGUAGGUAAAGUAUAUUUUGGCUUUAAUGCAGCAUUAUUGAGUAUUU